AUGGAGGCGAUGCGUUCCACCGGCUUCGCUACGGUCAAACUAAGGUUCCAAAUUUUAGGACAUCUGGGUUAUGACUAUGGAUGGGUUGCAAACUGGAUUGCUCAGUGGCAACAUGUCUCUCAACCUGGAGUUCCCCCCUUUUUGGCAAACUGCGAAAACAGAGAAGAGAGAUGUUCAGACAAGUUGCCUUUCAGAAAAGAGGCGCUAAAGGGUUGA